AUGGAAGAGCAGGCCGAUUAUCAACCAAGCUCGAAAGAUGGAUCACUGGCCUCUCGACUCCUGCGCGCCGAAGCCGUCACUGGAAAGUGUUAUGUAAUCUGCUUUUCUCCAUCUCACAACCUCACCCUGGCGGAUAUGACACCAGCCCAGAUCGUUCCGAUCAUUGAGACUUGGACCAAUAUCUAUGCUGCACAUCUGGAUCCCAAGUCAGUAUUAGCGAAACUUGCUGCCACUAUGGUAAUCCCAGCACUCUCGCAGGCCGCACUUUCUCCACCAAGUGCGCAGUACAGAUACAUGCAGAUCUUCGAAAACAAAGGCUCUGCCAUGGGCUGCUCAAAUCCACAUCCACACGGCCAGGUCUGGACGACGACAUCAUUACCAGAAGAGCCUGCCAUGGAAUUGCAACAACUGAUCAAAUACAGGAGCGAGCAAGGCGGUGCACACAUGUUGGUAGACUACUCCGCCUUGGAGUCACAAGAGAAGACGCGGACCGUGUUCGAGAACGAAGGGUUCUGGGCCGGUGUACCGUACUGGGGUGUCUGGCCAUUCGAGAUUCUUCUCACAAGCAAGCAACACAAGCGCUCGUUGGUGGACUUUACCAAGGAGGAGCGUGCGCAGCUAGCAGAGUGCAUUGCAGAGGUAACACGGCGGUACGACAACCUCUUCGAGACGCAGUUUCCGUACAGCACGGAGGAGGAGAUUGAGUGCAGUCACUUCCACAUCCACUUCUAUCCACCACUGCUCCGUAGCGCGACGAUCCGCAAGUUCCAGGUCGGAUACGAAAUGAUGGCGGAGCCUCAGCGUGACAUCACUCCCGAGCAGGCAGCAGAGCGCUUGCGAGGCUGUGGUGGUGAGCUCUACCGCAAGAAGCUGGUUGAUUCCCCGAAGCUGAAUGGUGUGAAUGGUGUAAACGGCCAUCAUUGA